CUAUAAAUGAGUGUAUUGAUCUUUGGACUCAACGUCCACUCUCUUUACAACAACCUCCACCAUCAUGGCGGCCUCUGUCCAACUUCGGCGAAUUUGUAGCAAUAGUUUGGCGAGAUUAUUUACCUCUGCCAGUUCUACAAAUUCACAAAGAAGAUGCUUCGGAACAGAGAUCAAACCUGAAGCAUCCUCAUUUAAUUCUGGAAUCAGCUUUGCCAUGUCUGAUGAGUUGAGAGCACUACAAGACAUGGCAAGAAAAUUUGCACGUGAGGAGAUCAUGCCCAAAGCCGCAGAACAUGAUAAAACAGGAGAGUACCCAUGGGAGAUUAUCAAAAAGGCCCACGAGGUUGGGCUGGUGAAUGGACACAUACCUGAGGCUUAUGGUGGUAUUGGUCUUGGCGUGCUUGAUGGGUGUGUAGUGACGGAAGAGCUCAGUUAUGCCUGCAGUGGAAUUCAAACAGCAAUAGAAGCCAACUCUCUAGCUGAAAUGCCUGUCAUUCUUGCUGGGAAUGAGGAACAGAAAAAGAAGUACUUAGGACGGAUGAUCAAGGAGCCCAUCAUGGCAGCAUACUGUGUGACUGAGCCAACAGCUGGCUCUGAUGUCGCAGGGAUUAAAACUAGAGCUGAGAAAAAGGGUGACGAGUAUGUCAUCAAUGGACAAAAAAUGUGGAUCACGAAUGGAGGUGUAGCAAACUGGUAUUUCGUGUUGGCUCGUACAGACUCCAGUGCAUCAGCAGGAAAAGGCUUCACUGGGUUUAUUGUAGAUGCUGACACGCCCGGCGUCACACCCGGACGCAAAGAGCAGAACAUGGGUCAGCGUGCAUCAGACACUCGUGGGAUCACAUUUGAGGAUGUUGUUGUGCCGAAAGAAAAUGUCCUAGGAGCAGAGGGAAUUGGAUUCAAGAUUGCCAUGGGUGCAUUUGAUAAGACACGCCCACCAGUAGCUUCAAGUGCAGUGGGUCUUGCCCGCCGCGCCCUUGAGGAAGCCACCAAGUACUCGAUGGAGCGCAAGACAAUGGGGAAGUACAUCUGCGAGCACCAAGCAGUGCAGUUCUUGCUGGCUGACAUGGCAAUUGGUGUAGAGACCGCCAGGCUGGCCACUCAGCGAUCUGCAUGGGAAAUUGACCAGGGUCGUCGUAACACUUACUACGCCUCCAUAGCCAAGUGUCUUGCGGGGGAUGUCGCCAAUAAAUGUGCUACAGAUGCUGUACAGAUAUUCGGAGGAAACGGCUUCAACCAGGAGUAUCCAGUGGAGAAACUCAUGCGUGACGCCAAGAUCUUUCAGAUUUACGAGGGCACCGCACAGAUCCAACGUAUGAUUAUCGGCCGUUCUCUUAUUGAAGCCGCCAAAAUGAUGAACUAAAGACCCCCACCCUCUCAUUAUUACCUGUACAGUCUCUAUAGCUUAAUAUGAGACUAGGGCCUUUUGCUUACUUAUUGCUGUUGGUGGUGCACCACUUAUUUCCCAGUGUAAAUAAAUAGGGAUUCCA